AUGUUUCCACGUGAUGUGUACACUUUCCACGACGAGGAAAACGGUAUCUGGCUAGGGCGUAGUGUACCACCUCUGUACAAUCCGAACCAAAGUGUUGGAGAACUAAUUUGGCGAGUGUUGAACCGCGCUCCGUUCAAAAUUGCACAAAUUAGUGCGGAUAGUGGCAUUCGUUUAACGUACCAUGAAAUGCGGCUACGAAGUACGCGCGUGGCACAAAAUCUUUCCUCGAUGGGGUUCCAAUCUGGCGAUUUGGUAUCAAUCGUCGCCAGAAACAACGAGAAGCUAGCACCGGUGGUUUUCGGCUGCUUCAUGCUGGGUCUGUCGAUUAACUCACUGGAUCCUAGUUUCCACAAGGAGGACUUUGCUCAUAUGUUCAAAUCUAUUCGACCCAAAACAGUCUUUUGUGAAGGUGAUUUGAUUGAAGAAAUAACGGCGGCUUGUGAAAUAGCAGAUAUCUCACCAAAUUUAAUAAUUUUUGGACCAAGAGUCAAUGGAUAUACCCGAGUUGAUGAUCUGCUCGUGGAGACAGGUUCUGAACAGCACUUUCAACCGGCGCAUAUUGAGGACUCGGCAAAUACAUUGGCAAUAAUUCUUUGUUCGUCUGGCACUACGGGCAAAUCUAAGGGAGUUUGUCUUUCUCAUUCGUUAUGUGUUGCCAAUUUAUCGGACAUAUGGCCUUGUUACGAGUCGGAUCGAGUGUUGUGCCUAAGUUCGUUAUAUUGGAUAUCUGGCAUAGGAACAUUGAUGACGGGUACCAUAGCGGGAGCAACUCGGAUCGUUACCACAGAGAAGUUUAGUGCCGGAAUGAUGAUCAACUUGAUAGAACAAUAUCGUGUCAAUGUUAUAUUUUUCCCACCGGCGCACGCUUUGGCUAUCUUGAAUGAUCCCACCGUUGGGAUGGCGGAUUUCUCCAGCCUUCGAAUGGUGCUAUGUGGUGGUGGUGCAGUUUCGCCUGAUUUAAAGCGAUCAUUCGAAAUGUACUUAUCCAAGGGAAAAUUUGUAGUAGUAUACGGUCUUUCGGAGCUGGGAGGUUUGGGGACACUCAGUGAUGUAUGCUAUAAAAGCGGUUCCGUAGGUGUACUCUCGAACGGAGCUGAAGCCAAGAUUGUCGACGAUGAAGGCAAUGUUGUAGGUUUCGAAGAACAAGGUGAACUGCUAAUAAGAAAGCAAUUUGUUUUUAUGGAAUACUAUGGCAAUUCAGAGUCCACAGCAGAAAUGCUAGACGAAGAUGGAUGGUUACAUACCGGAGACAUCGCCUACGUCGACGAAGAUGGCAUCUUUUUUGUUGUCGAUCGCAAAAAGGACAUAAUCAAGUACGCUGGAUAUCAGAUAUCGCCAACCGAAAUCGAGAACGUCAUCCUGCAAGUUCCGGGAGUCAUAUCAGCGUGUGUAACCGGAAUUCCCGUUCCUGGCAAUGAUUUGCCGGUUGCAUUGGUGAUCAAGUCCCCAGAAUCGGCUGUAACAGAAAACGAUAUCGUCGAUGCGGUCGCUAGCAAUAUGAUUGAUUUCAAACAUCUACGGGGUGGGGUUCAUUUUGUGACUGCUUUUCCUAUGACACCCUCAGGUAAAAUUCUACGCCGUAAAUGUCGGGACAUUGCAAUAGAGUUCUACAACCAAUCUACUUCGAUCAGUAUAUUCAAUCUAGUCACGAUGAGCACAACGUACAACCCAGACUCUAAGGUGUGGACCGGCAUCACCCAGCCAAGCCUCCUCAAUCCGCACGCCAAUUUAGGACAGCUUAUAUUGAACAUGUUGGAGAGAAAUCCGUCGAAAGUAGCUCAGGUGAGCGUAGAUACGGGCGUUAGUGUUACUUGCGGUGAGAUGCGUCUACGUACAAUUAGAGCUGUACAGAAUCUUACUGCAUUGGGAUUCCCGAGAAAAGGUGAUUUCGUAUGUUUUGCUACAAGAAACAGAGAAAAUCUAGCACCAUUGGUGUACGCAUGCUUCCUGAUAGGAGCUCCAGUGCACUGCUUAGAUCCCGAUUUCACAGUGAGCGAUAUAGCGUAUAUGCUGCGCAUUUCCAAACCGAUCAUGGUAGUGGCCGAUGAAGAUAAUGUUCAAACAAUCAAACAGGCAUGUGCACAGGCUGAAAUUUCUCCGAAACAUGUUGUACUGGACAAGGUUACUGAGAAUGGUGAUAUUUCCUCACUAGAGCUGAUCAAGGAAACUGGUCAAGAGCAACUUUUCUAUCCCGCAUAUCUGGGCAACUCAGAGGAGCUAAUUGCUGCGGUGGUAUGCUCAUCGGGAACAACAGGAAUGCCUAAAGGAAUAUCUAUCUCCCACGCAAAUUUCAUCAGCCAGUACGUUUUUCUAAGCAACAUAAGUCAUAUAAAAGACAGUUUCAACUUUAGUUCACUCUAUUGGCUGUCUGGGUUUUCCACGCUUAUGACAGGGGUAUUUAAUAAUUUCACACGCUAUAUAACAACGCGCCGCUUCAGUACGGAAGCAUUUUUCGAAAUAAUUGCAAAAUACCAAAUUGCCAGUGCCUUCGCCCCGCCUGCUCAGCUGGCAAUGAUUUUGCAAAGUCCAAAUCUGGAUAAGGCAGAUUUAACCAGCAUUAGAAAUAUGCAGUCAGGUGGUGGAUUUGUUUCUACGAAGCUUCGCAAAGCAAUUGAAAGGUGGCUACCCUCCGGAAAAGUGAGCGUCGGGUACGGCAGCUCCGAAGUAGGUUUUAUUGCGGCAGAAAUGUUUGGAUCAACACGAGAUGGUUCAGUAGGUCGCCUGGCACCGAAUGUUGAAGUCAAACUGCUGGAUGAUGAAGAUAAUCGUGUUGGUAUAAACGAACGGGGAGUCCUAUGGGCGCGGUAUGCAAUCAAAACCCUGGGAUAUUUGAACAAUCCAACAGCAACUGAACAACUUAUUUCACCGGACGGAUGGGUGUGCACAGGCGACAUUGCAUACUUUGACAACGACGGAUUUCUGUUUAUAGUAGAUCGGAAGAAGGAAAUCAUCAAGUAUAAAAAUUAUCAAAUUUCCCCGGCUGAGAUCGAGGCUGUGAUCGAGGAGAUUCCCGAAGUUCUCCAUGCGUGCGUCGUUGGCUUAGUUGAUGAAGAGAUGCACGUUGAUCUUCCUACGGCCGUAAUAGCCUUACGCGAUGGUAGUGUGCUCGAUAGUCAAUGUGUAAUAGAUUUAGUUGCUGAAAAACUGAGCGAUUACAAGCAACUUCGCGGAGGCGUAUUCUUCAUUGACCAGAUGCCAAUGACCGUGUCAGGAAAGUUAAAUCGAUAUGUAAUUAGAAAGAUUGCUCAAGAAAUGGCGUGUAAGCUUCAGACGAAAUAG